UUGCAGCCUCUCAUUUGGAUUUGCUUUAGCAUGUCUGACGAUGCCAUUCCAGUUGGAGAAGGGUGGGCGAGACAUAACAAUGAGCUGUUGGUCCACCCUCCAUCGCAAGUGUAUUUUGCACAGCGCGGGGAUCAGCGUGGAAAGUACUUGCUGAAGACAGGCGAGGGAUUUUCAGUGUGCCCUGCACCCCAUGUGGGAAAUGACUGUCCCAUCGAGGUCAGGGCUGCUGCAGCUUCAGCGUUGAGACCAGCAGAGGAUCGUCCAGGAGAACGAAAGCUGGACCGCUCCGUGGUGCUGGCAGAUAUGCCAAAGACGGCGCGGUUGGCCUUGAAGUUCCCCUUGGGUUUCCUGGAUUCUCCCGCCAGUUGCUACGCCCUCUUCACGGGGCUGCGCGGCAACGUGGCCGCGGCACACUGGUGUGCUUCGCAGUUCCACCAGCGGCUGCUGAGAGAGGUGGCGAAGAAGAUCCACGGCUGGUGGGAUUCUGAAGCAGAGAUGCCGGAGGACUUUCUCUACAGAGGAUCCCAUGUGGGCUCUUUGGUGAAGGUUCUGAAGGAGGUGAUCGAGGCCUUGGAUCACGAUCUCAUCCACGGUUCCCAUGGCCUGGGUGGCUGUGAGGGUGUGGUGGCCGUUCUGAUUGGCGAAAACCUGGUCAUUGCGGCGGUUGGCCAAGCCUCGGCGACUCUGCUAUUCCAGGGGGCAGAUGCGGUGCCACUCGUGCCGUUGCUGGGCCAAGAAGAGGAGGAUGACGAGGUCCCCAACGGCGUCCCCAAUGGCAGCAACGGUGCGACCACUUCGCCCCUGUUGAUCUCUCAGCUGCUGCCUGGCCAAGCGUCGGAGAAGGGCGCCUUGCUGGACAGCACUGGCCUCCGCCGUGCAAAGUCCGCUUACGACGCGGAGGGGGACGUCCCUGCCACAGCGGAACAGGACGUUGUGAGACGGAUCCUGCGAGCGCCUGAUGCAUUUUCCGUGCUCGGGAUACAGGACAAGGGUCCUGAGGCGCUGGCUGAAGUGAAAACUGCAUACAAGAAGUUGGCACUUCGAGUGCAUCCCGACAAGGUGCGAAGCUGUGAGCCCGCUGAAGCCAAAGCGGCCUUCGCACGCUUGGAUGCAGCAGCCAAGGUGCUGGAGGCCUUGUUUGACCACAAUGCCGAGAUAUGCCGGGAGCUGCACCGCAUCCUGCGUUGCGACCCCUUCACGGUCAAGGGUGCCAGCCAGUUGCUGCAACUGAGCUCAGAUGCUGAGGAGUCACAGGUGAAAAAGGCCAAGGAAGACUUGAAGCAAAAGUUGGCAAAGGCUCAACUCCAGGACGCCCUAUCGGAAGUUCAGAAGGGUGUCGAUGCCUGUUCCAUUGCAGCAGAAACGCUUCAGAUCCUGCGUUGUAGCGGCGCUGCUCCGGCGAGUUCAGAGAAACUCCUGGCAGAAGGAGUUCCCGUGGCCUCGCUGUCCGCGCUGGGCUUGCGCGACCUUCGCUCCAUGGGAGCUCGCCUGCAGGUGCGCUGUGCUGCCUACCGCGCGGGCGAGGAGGUGAGGAUCGCCCUUUGUAGCGGAGCCACAGCAGAGCUGCCCAUGAAAGACCUGGAGGACGCUGCGAAUUUGUUCCUCUGGCAGCCGAAAGCUGCGGCCAUGCAAUGGGCAACCAAGGCACUUGCACUGGAGAGUCGGAAAGAUGAUCCAUCUGCUGCCAGCAUUUGCAUUUGUAUCCGUGAGCGCGAGGAGGAUGAAGUGGAGGAGGAACGCCCCAGCAAGCGGCAGAAAGGCCCCAAGGGCCCGCGCAGCGUGCGGCUGCGGCACCUCUUGUUGCGGUGCGCAGAGGCGGGCAAGGCGUUGCCGGAGGAUCCCAUGGCCAGGAGGAAGAAGCAGCAAAAGAUCCGCACACCAGCAGAGGCAGAGGCUGAACUGAUAGCCUUGCUGCUAGAGAUUUUGUCCGCAGAUCAUGGGAACGGUGACCCCAGCAACGCCUUCCGUCGCCUUUGCCAAGAACGCUCGGAGUGUUCCUCCGCGGACUCGGCUGGGCUGCUCUGUGGAGAUCUGGGAUGGGUCUCCCGAGGUCAAAGUGAGCCGGCCUUCGAGCAAACGGCCUUUAGCCUGCGGAAGGGUGAGCUCAGCGACGUGGUCACCACCUCUCGGGGCGUCCAUUUGAUUCAGCGCAUCGCCUGACGUGGAAAA